GCAGUGCGGCGCUGUUUAAAGAUGGCGGCGGAGGAACCUCAGCAGCAGAAGCAGGAGCCGCUGGGCAGCGACUCUGAAGGUGUUAACUGUCUUGCCUAUGAUGAAGCCAUCAUGGCUCAGCAGGACCGAAUUCAGCAAGAGAUUGCUGUGCAGAACCCUCUGGUCUCGGAGCGACUGGAGCUCUCCGUCCUGUACAAAGAGUAUGCCGAGGACGACAACAUCUAUCAACAGAAGAUCAAGGACCUCCACAAAAAGUACUCGUACAUCCGCAAGACCAGGCCUGAUGGAAACUGCUUCUAUCGUGCUUUCGGUUUCUCCCACUUGGAGGCGUUGCUGGAUGACAGCAAGGAGCUGCAGCGGUUCAAGGCUGUGUCUGCUAAGAGCAAAGAGGACCUGGUGUCCCAGGGCUUCACCGAAUUCACAAUUGAGGAUUUCCACAACACGUUCAUGGACCUAAUCGAGCAGGUGGAGAAGCAGACCUCAGUGGCCGACCUGCUGGCCUCCUUCAACGACCAGAGCACCUCGGACUACCUGGUGGUCUACCUGCGGCUGCUCACCUCGGGCUACCUGCAGCGCGAGAGCAAGUUCUUCGAGCACUUCAUCGAGGGUGGGCGGACCGUCAAGGAGUUCUGCCAGCAGGAGGUGGAGCCCAUGUGCAAGGAGAGCGACCACAUCCACAUCAUCGCGCUGGCCCAGGCGCUCAGCGUCUCCAUCCAGGUGGAGUACAUGGACCGCGGCGAGGGCGGCACCACCAACCCCCACAUCUUCCCCGAGGGCUCCGAGCCCAAGGUCUACCUUCUCUACCGGCCUGGACACUACGACAUCCUCUACAAAUAGGGCUGGCCCGGCCUGCCGCCGCCCUGCCUGCCCUCCCCUCUGCCAGGCACUAGACAUGUACAGAGGUUUUUUUUGUGGUUGUAAAUGGUCGUACUUCACCCCCCACGCCCUUCCCUGUCACACGACCUUCCAUGUUUUAUUAAAGGGGACGCUGGUGG